AUGAUUGGAAAUGAAACUGGAUUGGCUCAUGUAGGACUCUUUUUUGACGGAUAUAAUGACUGCUUACUUAUAACGCAUCUGAUAUUAGGCAGUCUUAGACAGGUUUACUUUUUAACGUAUGGUUUGGCGUUGACAUGCAGGUAGCAGUUCUUGUCCUUUCCUCAUGGUCAUUCCUUUCUGUCAUCAGAGAUCACUAGUACAGGUGCGGGCAUGUGGAAAUAAUUUCUGCCCGCCACUGCAUAUUUUAGUGCGUACAGAUAUGGAGCGUUUUUAUGUCACUUUGUGUGUUUGCAGCCAGCUGCUAUCACCUACGCAUGUGUCCAAUUUCCCGCCCUUUAUGAGGGAGAAUUUACAGCUUCCGAGUCGUCGAAAACUUCGGACUUCAGUUUAAAGACUUGUUCGCCAGUCAGUCCGACAGUGUUACAAUUAAUUGUUAAUUUUUCCUGCAUGGCCGACUUUAAAAAUUCCCCAAUCACCCUCACGUUUGCGGUUCCCAUUUUGCCUUUUGGAGACUAAGACAAAGGAAACUGCUCUGUAAUUUAUAGGACCGUCACAAGGAAUACUUAUCGUCAUGGUAGGAUUUAAAUCUGUCACAAUGUCAGACUUUUUGUGCUUCUUUCUUAUGCCUGCGGAAUUCAGGACCACUUUUAUUGCGGCCUAUCAGAACAACUCGCAUGACACUAUUUCAUUCAGGCGGUCCUUUAUCCUUUCUUGAAGGGCCCUCUUUGGUCAGCGUGCCCCCAGCCUCGUCACCCCUCUACGAACCCUUCCAUCAGCUCCUCGAUUUGACCCGGGGUAAGUGUUUUUCUUUGUUCUCUCCGAAUUUUAAGCUGGCUCGGAUGGUAUCAACUGCCGUGCCUCGAAGACGCCGUUUCGAUGCUUCAAUGUCACCCAUGGGCUACUUGA